CGGAAUUCUUCCAGCAGUUCCUCCGGGAAUUCUUCCAGGAGUUCCUCCAAGAAUUCUUCCAGGAGUUUCUCCGGGAAUUCUUCCAGGAGUUCCUCCGGGAAUUCUUCCAGGAGUUCCUCAGGGAAUUCUUCCAGGAGUUCCUCCGGGAAUUCAUCCAGGAGUUCCUCCGGGAAUUCAUCCAGGAGUUCCUCCGGGAAUUCAUCCAGGAGUUCCUCCGGGAAUUCAUCCAGGAGUUCCUCAGGGAAUUCAUCCAGGAGUUCCUCAGGGAAUUCUUCCAGGAGUUCCUCCGGGAAUUCUUCCAGGAGUUCCUCAGGGAAUUCUUCCAGGAGUUCCUCCGGGAAUUCUUCCAGGAGUUCCUCCGGGAAUUCUUCCAGGAGUUUCUCCGGGAAUUCUUCCAGGAGUUCCUCCGGGAAUUCUUCCAGGAGUUCCUCCGGGAAUUCUUCCAGGAGUUCCUCCGGGAAUUCUUCCAGGAGUUCCUCCGGGAAUUCUUCCAGGAGUUCCUCAGGGAAUUCUUCCAGGAGUUCCUCCGGGAAUUCAUCCAGGAGUUCCUCCGGGAAUUCAUCCAGGAGUUCCUCCGGGAAUUCAUCCAGGAGUUCCUCA